CUAUCUGACAGGCUGAAGUCCGAUAACACCAGCAACAGAAAUUAAUGGGCGAGAAUAGCUUAGGAGAUCUAGGGUCUGCAAGUGGAGAUCUCCUUGGAAAGUGUAAACCAAGGGAAUCAUGAAGAAAGUAGUCAAAGGAGAGAUGAAAGGAGUAAUGAGAGCCGAGAUGAACAUAUAAACAGAAAAGACGAAGACAGCUGUGAUGAUGACGAUGUUAGAGAGUUAUAAAGCAAAUCAGGCUAGGUUUAUUAGUAAGAUUUAUUAUAUCUUUUUCUUCUGUCUUGCAGUUACAGCUGGCAUUUGAGUUGCACCUACUAUUAAUAGUGAUGUUCAAAGGUACCUAGUAGGUAAUCAAUUGACGUUGAUUGUAUCUUCAGUCCUUUUAAUUAUACCUCCAUUCUUCUUACUGUAUUUUAUCAAUAUUGCCUUUGCCUAUGCAUGUACUGCAAUAGGUAAUGCAUAGCUGGUGCUUAUAGUAGCUUCUAUGACAGCAGGAGUUACCUCUAUCCUUACUAUCUUUGCGUGCAUAACUAAAAUUCCUAACUUUGU